AUGGAGAUCUCCGCAGCGGACAUUCAAGCUGCGAGGGACUUGCUGGCCGGCGAAACCGUGGAAGAGCGCCAAGCUCGACACAGGGCGGCCAUCCGGGCUCUUUGGCAGCCUUGCGAGCGCCUCCACAUGCUGGCAGCAGAGAUUGAGCAGACUUCUUUGCCCGCUGCAGAUCGCCGGCUUGUCACUAUGCUUAAGUUUCGUGGACACCGCCCAGAUGAUGAGCUGGCCCUGGGAACAGUCUGCCGCACCUGCCUGUGCAUAAGUCCGCCCCCAGCUUCUGCGCCCAACGUGCAGGGAGCAAGACUAGACCUUCGCUUGUUCCAGCGCAGCGGCAGGCACUGGAAACUGGCUUCCCCGGACGUUUGUGUAGCUGACGGCCGAGUGCCGGCUCCUUUCUUGGACGACGAGCUGGAACAAGGAGAUGCCCAGCGCUUGGACGGCAUGCUUCUGGCAGAAGAGGAGCUGAUUGACAAUUCAACUCCAGCGGAAGCUCGCUCGCUGGAAACGGCUCAGAAUGCGAGAACGGAGAUCGAGAAGAAGCCUCCUGCGUGGGAACGGGCAGCUGACAAUGCCCAGACGAGGAUGGACGACAAUCCAGACUCCUUGAAGCGGGUCGACAAGUUGUUGGUUCAUGCAACCGUUGGUGAAGUAGAAGCUGCCCUUGCUGCACUGGAACCGGACCUCGAGUGCACUUUGAAAGAUUGUGGCGAAAGUGUCGUGGUUGAAGUAUCCCACUGGCGCCACAAGCGUUUCCUCAUGGAGCACCUGGAGAGCUUCGAGCGUAAGAACGUGGCUCCCAGCCGCAAAAAACCGUGGCUGCAUCAGAAGCUUCAGGACGAGAAGACCUGUAGCACCGCCUGUUUCGCAAGACUGGCAAAAGAGGUCGCGCAGGACUUCGCCUUAGAAAGAGACAAGGCGCCGCUGAGAAUCCUGCAGCAUGCGACCGAGGGUUACAUGGGCGAAAUCUAUGCCGAUGCCAAAAUCUUCGCAGAGCAUGCUGGGCGGAGCACUGUCCUGAAGCAGGAUCUUGCUCUUGCAUGUCGAAGUGAUGAAGAUCGGAAGCGACGUGCUUCUUCUUCUGCUUUUGCCGCAGGCCUUGAAAAAGGUCAUGCAGAGAACAAGACUAGUAAGAAGGCAAAGCCUGCUCGCUCUUCGAACAGAGACUCGUCCGCCUGA